AUGACCUCCCGACCACCGCCCGGCAAGGACGAGGCCAUCCUCAUCGUCGGCGGUGGCGUCUUCGGCCUCUCCACCGCGCUCGAGCUCGCCACGCGCGGCUACACUGACCUCACCGUCUUCGACCGCUUCGCCCCGCCCGCCCCCGACGGCAGCAGCGUCGACCUCUCGCGCAUCGUGCGCUUCGACUACGGCGACCGGCUGUACGGCGCCAUGGCGCGCGAGGCCGUCGCCGGCUGGGCCGCCGAGUACCCGGCGCACUACCACCAGUGCGGCUUCCUCAUGCUCAACGAGGCCCGCCCGGGGGCCGCUGGGGACGAGUACUUUGCGUACACGAAGCAGUGCGUCGCCGUGGACGAGGAGCUCGGUCGCACCAUCGAGCUCUACGACGACGCCGCCUCGCUGUGCGCCCGCCUGCCCUGCGUGCCCGCGCGCCUCGACGGCUUCCGCGCCUUCUACAACCCCCGGGGCGGCUGGGCCGACGCCGCCGCCAGCAUCGCCCAGGCGCGUCGCGCACGCCAGCUCCGCGUCCGCGCAGCCGGUCGGCUUCGUGCAGCUGACCGCCGAGGAGGCCGCGGCGCUGCGCGGCAUGCCGGUCAUGAUCAACGCCAACACGGGCGUCUUCGUGUUCCCGCCCACGCCGGGGACCGACGUGCUCAAGGUGGCGCGCCACGGCUACGGCUACGCGACGGCCGAGACGGUGGACGACGGCCGCGGGCCGGUGCGCGUGAUGUCGUGCCCGCGCAGGGACGCGGACAACGCGCGCAACUCGUUCGCGCCCGAGGACGCGCAGGAGGGGCUGCGACAGGGCCUGCGAGACUUGGUGCCUGA